AUGCCUCCCAAACGUAAAUCACCCCCGGGGGAAAUCCCAUCCGACGUCGAGGAAAUCUUCCGUCGACACUUUGAAGCGCAGUUCGCCCCCAUAGACGACACCGGGGGCGCAGACGACUGUGUCGGUGUCGAGUCGGACGAGAAGGCUGCAGACUCUGACGUCGCGGAUUCCGACGUCGCAGACGAAUGGGGUGGUCUGUCCGAUGACGACCGAGACAGACGGUCAGAUAUAUCCGGGGACGAGGAGGAUAAUUCAGAGUUGGACUCGGAGUCGGAGGACGAGCCUGUCCAGGUGGUGGAUCAUUCAUCGACGGUCAAGUCGGCGGAAACAAUGUCUAAACGUGACUUGAGAAAAUUCAUGACCGAACCCGACACCGACACAACAAGAACGACGCAAGCAUCGGCAAAACCAGCAAAGACACUCCCCGAAGACGCCCCGACCCUCUUAGCGCAGGACCUCGAGCUCCGCCGUCUACUAUCAGAGUCCCACCUCCUAAACCCAACCGCCAUAUCCUCGGCAUCCACUUCCGCAUCCACCUCCCGCAGCUCGGACGGCCCCCCCCGGCCCUUCAUGUCGGGCCGGAUCCGUCAGAAGGCGACGGACCUGCGCAUCCAGGCUCUGGGGUCCAAGCUGUCCAUCCUGACCCAGGAGAGCAUGCCCAUGAGCAUACGCAAGGGUAUCGUCGCGUCCGGCGCCGCCAAGGAGGCCAAGCGCAGGCGGGAGGCUCGUGAGAAUGGAAUCAUCCUCGAGAGGCCGUCCAACUCAUCUUCCGGACCGAACGGUAGCAGCAUCCAUAACAAGAGGAGGAGAGGAGCCGGCGGCGGUGGCGGCGGGAACAGAGAUGUCGAUGUUCAUAGACCUGGUAUGGGGAGGUUCAGGGGUGCCGAGCUACGUCUCGAUGAGAAUGCCGUCAAGAGUAUUGAGAAUUCGAGGGAUGCCUUUGGCAGGGGCGGAAGGGGCGGACGUGGCAAGAGGAGACGUUGA